AUGGUGAGGGGACCCUGGUCUGUGGCUCUGGAGCCCCCGGAGCAGACAUCCACCGCCAGUUCCUCCCUCAGCCCGAACUUGUGGCCUGAACCUCAUGGCGAACGCCACAUCCGGUGGGCAGCUGGGCACGUCCCGACCCCGGGCAAUCCCUCUCGUCGUGCGCUCACGGCCGGAGCGCCCACGCCGCUUCAGAAUUGGCUGCCUCGGCCCCUGCGUUCACACGUCCUCCCCGUAGUCCGGGCUGAGAUCAGCCCCAGCGCAAAGGCCCUGCCCUGCCCUGGGCCCUGGAGAGUAUCCAGGCCCCCUGGCGGGACACCUUCCUGCAGCCAGGAACCCACAGGGCCGAGGCCAAGUGCCAGCCGGAGCCUGGGAGCCUGGGACCAGCCCCCGGGGGACCCGGGUCUGCUACUGCUCCCAGGGGUGCGGGAGCCCCGGGCCACCCCGGGCCCCGGGCCGGAGGAGCACGCACUCCUGCAGAGGCUGGAGGACACCGUCCUGAGCCCCACGGCCAGCAGAGAAGACCGGGCACUAACUGUGCACGGGGGGCGCUGGCGGGCCUCCCCCACCCCCGUGCCUGCCCGCAUCCGUGAGAUUGUGGCUGACAGCCUGGCUGAGGGGCCUCCCCAAGGGCUGCGGGAGCCCCCGGCCGCCCCGCGCCCCGGGCCGGAGGAGCACGCACUCCUGCAGGAUGAGCUGUCCCGGCUGGAGGACCUGCUGGCCCAGGCGGGCGCCGAGCGGGACGAGCUGGCUGGCAGGUACCACGCAGUCAGCGAGCGGCUGCAGGCCCGGCUGGAGACCACCACGGCCCAGCUGCGGAGGUCGGAGCUGGAGCGCAGCAUGGACCUGGAGGAGGCCCUGGGCCGUCUGGAGGCGGCCGAGCAGAGGAGCACCGGCCUCUCCCAGGUGAACGCCCUCCUGCGGGAACAGCUGGAGCAGAUGAGGAAGGCCCAUGACAGGCUGGCCGAGGAGCUGGCCAGGACGACAGGCAGUGUGCCCCGUCUGCGGGCCGAGCUGGAGCUGCGGGAGGCACAGCGCUGGACCCGCAGAGAGGCCGGGCGCGCCCGCUCGGGGCAGCCCCAGGACGCCCUCCUGCAGAGGCAGGUCACCGCGCUCCGGGGACACCUGGCUGAGCUGCGUGCAGCCACCGAGAAGGGCCUCGCUGACCUGCGGGCGGAUGUGGCCAGGAUGGCCCGGCACCUGCACACAGCCUGCCUGAACCUCGGCUCCAACCUGCGGCUGACGGCCGGCAGCGCGGCAGCUGCCCUGGAGCAGCAGCUGCGGGACACGGUGCAGGAGAUGCUGCAGCUGCAGGGCCGCUGGGCUGCGGAGAAGGCGGCGCUCCAGGCCAGACUCGCAGAGCAGACGCUGCUGGUGGAGAAGCUCACCGAGCAAAAUGCAAGCAAGGAGAGAGCCAUCUCUUCCCUGAGAACAGACGUGCAGAGACUGGUGGCCCAGGCAGACGCGGGGAGUGAGGAGCUGGCAAGGAGCAGUGGUGCUGAAGGCGAGGGGGUGCAAGGCCAACGGAGGAGCCCCCUGCACACUGGGUCCCUCCUGAGGGCUGAGUCCCCAGCCACCCUGGACUCAGCACUGUGGGCUGUGCGGGCGGCCAUUCAGAGGUGGCGGCAGCGGGAGCAGGAGCUGCGCCAGCAGCUGGAGUCAUCCGAGGCGAGGGCCACGGUGCUCCAGGAGCAGCUGUCUGAGAGCCAGCGGGAGCUGCAGGCUUCGAGAAGCCUCCUGCAGGAGGAGCGCCAGGACCUCCUGGGCAAGCUGGAGGCACAGAGCCGGGAGGCACAGUGGAGCCGCGUGACCAGCGAGCUCCUGGGGAGAGAGAAGGCGGCUCUUGAGGAGGUGGUUGAGGAGCUAAGGGGGGAGGCGACCAUGUCCCACGCCGAGAAGCGGAGCAUGGAGGCCAGGAACGCAGAGCUGCAGAGGAGCCUCCAGCAGUGCACGGAGCAGAAGGAGGCGCUGGAGCAGCAGGGCGAGCGCGGCCGGAGGGCGCUGGAGAGCAGUCAAGGGCGCCUGGAGCAGCUGGAAGGCACCGUCUCGGGGCUCAAGACAGAGCUGGUGUCAGCCCAGGAGGCGCUGGACUCAGCGCGGCUGCAGAGGGACAUCCUGGAGAGCGAGAGGGAGGGUCUGCACGGCGCCCUGGCCCGGGCUGAGUCCAGCAAAGCUGACCUGGAACUGCUCGUGAGCCGGCUCAAGGCAGAGGGGGUGGAGCAGAGGGACUCCUUGGCCAAGAUGGCUGCGGUGACGGAGGCACUGGCUCAGGACAAAUGCUCCCUGAACCACCUGGUCCUGCAGCUGGAGCAGGAGCGGGACGAGCUGCAGGCGCAGCAGCAGACGCUGGUGCAGGGGCAGGCGGGCACCCGGGAGCAGCUGGCGCAGGCCGAGCGGCAGGUGGAGCUCCUGCGGGCCGAGAGGAGGGGCCUGCAGCGGGCCUGCGGGCGGCUGGAGGAGCGGCUGGAGCGGCUGGAGGGUCAGGCAGCCCGACUCCGGCGAGAACGGGCCCAGCUGCAGGAGCAGGUGGGCCACGCCACGUGCAAGAAACAGGCCCUGGAGAAGCAGCUGGCCCAAAGCCUGCAGGACCAGGAGGCCCAGAUGGCCGCUCUCCAGAGGGCCCUGCAGGAGAAGGAGGCUUUGUCUGAAGAGCGAGUCCAGCUGCUGGCCAAGCAGGAGGCCCUGGAGAAGCAAGGUCAGCUCAUGGCCGAGGAGGCAGCCGAUCUCAGGGCUGAGAGGGACGCCCUGGAGAGCAGCCUCUUUGAGGGCCAACAGCUGGCGUCGCAGCUGCAGGCACAGCAGGAGCAGCUGGAGGGAGAGGCCCGGAGCGCACGGCUGGCCCAGCAGGCCCUGCAAGUGGAGCUGGAGCAGCUGCAGAGCGUCCGGGAGGCCCAGGAGACAAGGCUCCGGCGGCAGGCGGCUCAGCAGGAGUGGGACGUGCAGCUGGCCCUGGAGAGCCAAGCACUGGCCCACCGCGAGGACCUCGCCCGGCUCCAGAGGGAGAAGGAGACCCUGAGUCUGUCUCUGAUGGAGGAAAAGGAAGCGUCAGCACGCCGGCUGAAGCAGGAGAAGGAGCUGGUGGCAAAGAACGCAAGCAGGAGGGAGGCACUGAAGGAGCAAGUGCAGAGCCUGAGGCGCGAGCGAGACGAGGGCCGCCUGCAGCUGCAGCUCGAGAAGCAGCAGGCCCUGCUUCUACGAGACGCGGAGCUGAGCCGGCUGCGGGGGGAGCUGCAGCUGGUACGGCGGGAGGCCCAGGGCCAGCAGGAGCAAGCUGAGGCCACCGUCAGUGCCAUGGCCGCAGAGCUGAAGGCCCUGCAGGCCCAGUUUGAGGACGCCAUCUCUGCCCACCAGACGGAGGCCAGGGCCCUGCGCGAGACGCUCCGGGAGCUGGCGGCCCAGCGGAGCAGCGCAGGGAGAGAGGCCGAGACGCUGCGGGCACAGCUGGACGAGGCCCGCGAGGCGCUGGCCGCGCUGCGCCGGGAGCUGCAAGGCAGCGAGGAGACCCGGGAGGGCCUGCAAGGGGAGGCUCGGGAUGCUCGCAGGGCGCUGGCCGACGCAGCCCGCGAGAAGGACGCGCUGCGGGAUUCCAACACUGAGCUGCGGGCCGCCCUCCGCCGGGCUGAGCAGGAGAAGGCCAGCUUCAGGCGCUCCACGGAGGAGAGGGAGCAGAAGGUCCUGGUCCUGGAGGAGGCCUGGGCAGCGGCCCAGAAGCAGGCCGGCGAGCUGCGGGCGGGCCUGCGGGAGGCGGACCAGGCGGCCGUGGACACCCAGCGGCAGCUCCAGGAGCUACGCAGACAGGUGAUGACGCUGGAGGUAGAGAACCAGAGAAAGAGCCGGGAGCUGGUGCGGCUGCAGACCCGGGGCGCCCAGGAGCCGAGCCGGCAGGAGGCCCUGGCGCUGCAGACCCUGGUGGCUGAGGCGGAGGCCGCCCGCGAGGACGCGCAGAGGGAGGUCCGGAGGCUGCAGCGGAUGCUGGCAGAGGUGGAGGCCCGGGCCAAGACCCGGGAGGAGGACCUGGAGCCACAGCUCUGCGAGAGCCGGGGGUCCGAGCGGGCCCUCCGGGCCGAGCUGCGUGGCGUCGCCCAGAAGCCGCAGCAGGCCAACGGCACGGCUGACAGCCUCCAGGUUCACCCAGACGGGGCCUGCCACUGGGCCCAUGGCCUCGAACAGGAGCUGGCCCGGGCCGAGGGCACCUGGCGGGAGGCAGAGGGCCAGCGGGGCCAGCUGUGGUCCACGCUCCACCCUGGCGUGGGGCUCCACGGACGGAGCCCCGCGGCCUCUCCUGAGCCGGCCGGCCCCCCCACCAGAGGCUCAGAGGGCCGGUCCCGCUCGCCGCUCUGGUGGCCCUCGCCCGGCCCUGGAGACCGCAGGGCAGGGGCCCGGGCCUCCAUGAGGGACGCCCGGAGGGACCUGACGCAGAAGCUGAGGGAUGCCCAGCGGGAGGGGACCCCCGACAUCUGGCACUCCCAGACGGGGGUCCUGAGCGCCCGGCGGGGUGAGGCCAACAGCGAGCCCACCUGGGCCCUCAGCCGCAUGGAGCAGCUGCAGAGGGCGCUGGCCGUGGCGGAGAAGGGGACCAGGCGAGUGGAGGGCAAGCUGAGCAGUGCACAGGCCCCGCGGGCUCUGCAGGAGGAGGUGCUCCCGAGGCUGCAGGCAGGGCGCCCAGCACAUGCGGCGGGCCACGAGAGGUGGAGGCUGCCGGAGCUGCCAGACGCUGUGGCUGGGCCUGGAUGGGAGCUGGGGGCGCAGCCAGGGCCCCGGUGGGGGUGCGGACCUCUGGAGGACCCGCUCGCCCGCCUGGAGCGCAAGGGCCGCAAGCCUGAGGGCACUCGGGAGCCCCUGCGGCAGGGGGGGCCCAGCCUCAGGCCGGAGCGCCUGGUCCACGCGCCGCCCGCGCUCCGUCCAGGCGCUGGGCCCGGCAGCAGGGAGCGCGCGCCGCACUGCGCGGAGAGGCGCGUCCUGCGGGAGGGGCGGCCGCGCUGCUCCCCGGAUGGCCCGCCUGCAGGGGGAGCUCGCGGUGCGCCGGGCGAGGCCGCGGGACUCGGGGUGGACGGGGUGGCCUCUGGAGAGGUCCAGACGGAGGAGCUGGAGCAGGCCCACACCCAGCGGCUCCAGGAGCUGGUUGCCCGGCACCAGCGACUCCAGGCUGCCGAGACCGAGCGCCUGCACGGGGCCUGACCACAGGCUGCACAGGCCCCGGUGUCCCGAGAGAGGGCCCAGCAGCGGCAGGCGAAGGUGCGGGAGGGGCAGGUGGCCAGCCGGAGGCAGCCGCUGGACCGGGACGUGCAGUGGCGGCAAGCUUUCCUCCACCAGGCCUUCCGGGCCAAGAACUCUGUAAACACAGGGAAACACGUGGAGAACAUUUCCACCAACUGGAGCCAAAAACAUAAUGUCCUGCAAGGCCCAGCCGCCACCUCCCCACGCCCCGAGGCGGCCCGACUCCGUCUCCAGGAACUGCGGGGCCGUCACGGUGGCAGGCCCAGUAACCCAUGCAGGCCUGAGGGUCUGUUCCAGGACCGCUUUGUGGACAAGGCGCUUCCUCUGGGCUGGCCCCACGCGGGCGGCAGGGGACCCACGGAGGAGGAAGGGGUGGGCCGCUCCGGGGGCGCUGGGCGAGGGCUGGGCCCGCCGCCGGACUGA